UUUUUGUAAUUCAACAUUCCCCCUCUUGUUGAGCCUAACAGCGAGAUCAAUGGCCAAGUGCAUGUCGAAUUUGAAGGCUUCUCUGUGGUGGAAGACGACGAAGAUGAUUUCUGCUCUUGCAUUUCUGAUGACCUGCAAGAUAAUCUUUCUUAGUGAAUGCUGCUCAAUUGUUUCUAUUCGGCGAUCAUCACUGUACCCUCUGUCAAUCGCCUUCAGGUCUUCAGCUCCGAUAGCCUCCUGAACAAAACAUGGGUCAAAGCUGGAGCAGGGCAUGAUCAAAUCAACAGUCAUGUGGCAACGCAAAACCUACAACCUCAGUCUAAAAUUAAGAGGGAGUAUUUGUUUGCUGAGCAUUUUCGUGCAAAUGAACAUCAACUUCUGGCAUCAAUUUAUUUAUACUGGCUAUGUUGCCUGAAUCUCGCAAUUAGUGCUGCAGUCAUUGCCAGUUCGGCUCAGAGAAUUGGUGCCGGUGCUACUGUUGAAGAUCGGAGCAGAAAAUCGGUGCCUUGCUGAUUUGACGUGCUAUGUAUAUAUAUGGAUCACAAUGAGAUACCUAACUGGCACAACGCUCGCUCGGUGACUAUCAAAGUGGCAGGGGACCUCGGUCUCGCCAUGUCUGUUCAGCUUUUCAGCUUGCCCAGAUAGUUAAGCGAAUCACGGCGGCACAUCAUGAUGUUCUAGCUCUAGCUUUAGCAAUUUUCAGUAGAGGCUUUGUUUACAUGUUGUAGUCUCUGUUUGUUUGCUGCCACCGGCAUGUCUCUCUUCUUGGCUAUUUGUGGCUGAAGAUGUGUUGAUGCACGGCCGCUAGUGUACUGCAAGUCCCGCAAACUGAAUAUCUAGACCAUUUGGGCAUCUCAUCA